ACACAUAUACAUACAGACGUAUCGAUAGAAACAAGAACCGUCUCUUGAAGUUGAGGUCAAACCCAAACACCCAACACAACUAAUACAACUUUACACAUUUCACACAACACAAAAUCACAGAUAUAAUUACUCAUAUAUACUCGCCGCUGUUUUCUCCGAUUUAAAUGCCCGAUCUCCCGGUGGCGCGCGACGGCGGCGACGGCGACGGAGCUCUUACUUUCCGGUGACUUCAAAUCACUUGUUCGAUUAUGAGGAGAAACCUAAACAACAACAAUAGCAACAAGAAGAAGAGCGAGAGUAGCAAUGGAUUCUUACCUAACUCGUUCAAACUUAUUUCUUCUUGUAUCAAAACGGUGUCGUCUAAUGUUCGCUCUGCUAGUGCUUCUGUUGCUGGUUCUAUAGCCGCUGAUGCUGAUGAUCUCAAGAAAGACCAGGUGUUAUGUGCUUGCUUUGAUCGAUUAGAACUUGGUCCUUCAGUAGGUAAAACACUUCUGCUACUUGGCUAUUCGAAUGGAUUUCAGGUUCUUGACUUUGAAGAUGCUUCCAAUGUCACUGAAUUGGUAUCACGCCGAGAUGAUGCUGUCACAUUCUUGCAGAUGCAACCAAUUCCUGCAAAGGGCAAUGGUCGUGAAGGAUUCAUGGAUUCACAUCCAUUGCUCUUGGUUGUGGCAAGUGAAGAGACAAGAAAUUCAGGUCCUGUACAGUAUGGUAGGGAUGUGUCAUUCAGGCAUAGUAAUGAGCCUCAUGUGGGAGCUGCAAUACAGUCUCCUACAGCUGUCCGUUUUUACUCGUUAAGAUCUCACAGUUAUGUCCAUGUAUUAAGAUUCCGAUCCGCUGUGUAUAUGGUUAGAUGUAGCUCAAAAAUAGUGGCUGUUGGUCUGGCUGCACAAAUUUAUUGUUUUGACGCUCUCACUCUUGAAAGUAUGUUCAGUGUGCUCACGUAUCCUCUGCCACACUUGGGAGGCCAAGGACUUGGUGGAGUCAAUAUUGGUUAUGGUCCCAUGGCUGUUGGAUCAAGAUGGUUAGCAUAUGCUUCCAAUAAUCCACUAUUAUCAAACACAGGACGCCUAAGUCCACAGAGUCUCAGUCCAUCUCCAGGUGUUAGUCCAUCUACUUCACCCAGCAGUGGGAAUCUGGUGGCUCGGUAUGCGAUGGAAUCCAGUAAGCAUUUAGCUACGGGGAUAAUUAAUCUUGGAGAUAUGGGAUACAGAACGUGGUCCAAAUACUAUCAUGAACUUCUUCCUGAUGGUUCUAGUUCUCCAGUUCCCUCGAGUUCAAGCUGGAAAGUAGGUCGGACUGCAGCUCAUUCAAACGACAUAGAUACUGCCGGAACUGUUGUUAUAAAAGAUUUUGUUUCCAAGGCUGUUGUAUCACAGUUCAGGGCCCACACCAGUCCAAUAUCUGCUCUUUGUUUUGACCCAAGUGGAACUCUUUUGGUUACUGCAUCUAUCCAUGGUAACAAUAUAAAUAUCUUUCGAAUCAUGCCUUUGUACUCACGAAAUGGAUCUGGAACUCAUAGCUAUGAUUGGAAGUCUUCUCACGUGCACCUUUACAAGCUCCAUCGUGGCAUAACAGCGGCAGUGAUUCAAGAUAUUUGUUUCAGUCCGUACAGUCAGUGGAUAGCUAUUGUUUCAUCCAGGGGAACUGGUCAUAUUUUUGUUUUAUCACCUUUUGGUGGCGAGACUGGUCUUCAAAUGCAAACUUCUAAUCUAAAUGGAGCCACUUUAUUGCCUGUUCUUUCUGUGCCAUGGUGGUCUACUUCCUCUUACACACUGAAGCAGUCUUACCCUCCACCCCCCCCUCCUAUUACCCUUUCUGUUGUGAGCAGGAUAAAAAAUUCAGGUUGGCUUAAUACUGUAAGCAAUGCUGCUUCGUCAGCUGCAGGAAAGCUUUCAGCUCCAUCUGGUGUUGUUGCUGCCGUUUUUCACAAUUCUAUAGGCAAGUUACAGCCCACAACCUUAAACGUAAAUGCAUUGGAACACCUGAUGGUUUACACCCCUUCUGGCAGUGUAAUUCAAUAUGAACUGUUGCCCUAUAUGGGUGGAGAUCAAGGUGAAUCUUCUCUGAGAAACGAGACUAAUUCGCUAGGGCAGGUACAAGACGAGGAUUUAAAGGUGAAAGUCGGCCCUGUUCAAUGGUGGGAUGUCUGCCGAAGAGCAGAUUGGCCUGAAAGAGAGGAAUCUGUAGGUGGAAGUAUUUGUAGUAGUCACAAUGCUGAAGAGACACUUAUGGAUGCCUCUGAUUAUGAAGAUGAUGGUACUAAAUUGAAGGAUAUGGUCAAACAACCAGAUCGCUUCCCUUGGUAUCUUUCUAAUGCAGAGGUGCAGAUGAGAUCUGGCAGGACACCAAUGUGGCAAAAGUCUCAGGUUUAUGUUCAUGCACUGAGUCCUCUGCCAUUUGAAGGGGAGAGACGGGGUUUAUAUUGUAAUGAUGGAGAAACUGAGAUUGAAAAGCUACCUGUUCGGGAGAUUGUAAUAAGAAGGAAGGAUCUAUUGCCAGUCACUGACCAUUUCCACAGGAUCCAUCCUGAAUGGGCUGAUAGAAGGGACCUCAACAGUGGUAGAUAUCUACCUUCAUCUUCUUUGAGUGAUGAGGGUAAAGAGAAGUACUUGGAUAAUGCUUGCUCCCAUGCGAAACCAGUGACACCUGGAUCUGUUGAUGACUCAGAGACUGGGCGACAAAGUUCUGGAACAGCUCUGGCAGAACGAGAGUAUAGGAAUACUGUAAAAUCUCAUCCUUCCUUUAACUCUAUCCUAAAUGAGAAUAAUGGGGAUGAAGGGGCUAGUUCCCAGCGGAAGCAGAGCUACAUUGGUGAAGAAGUUAACACUUUAAUUUCUCCUGCGCUAUCUACAACUAUACUUUCUGCUCUUGAGGAAGAUUAUGUUAAUAAUUAUACUAGCUAUUCAAACAAGACUUCACCUUCUGUGGGGAAUAUUGCCCAAGAGGUUCUUUCUUCAAGUAGUGUUGUGACAGGUGAUGUGUCAAACACAAGCUCUAACCGUUCUGAUUUGAGUAUGAACAUUCUUGAAGAAGAGCUAGUGCAUGAAGAUAUCCAGGGCCAGCUAGAUUUUGGACACUAUUUUCAAGAAGGAUACUGUAAAUCAAAAAAUCUUGAUCAAAGUAAUGAAUUAACAGCACAUAUAACUGACGUUGAUGAGAGAGCAAGUCAUUGCAACAAAGCAAUUUCGGAUGAAGAAGCGGAUAGUGAUGACAUGCUUGGGGGUGUAUUUGCUUUUUCUGAGGAAGGUUGAUAUGUAUUUGCUUCCGAAACCUGCGAUUGUUCUACGUACUGCCCUUUAAUUGUGCUUGCUCUUUGUAGAAAGGUAAUCUGUCUGAUAAAAAAAAUGCCAGCUAUUGCUUUCUGGAAGAAGAUGCUCAACAACUAAUUGAUGCGACACGUUCUUGUAAAAAAACCCAGCUUAGCCGGAGGAAAAAAGAAAAUGUCUUCUAAUUCUUAUGUACAUAGUGUAUAUUACAAAUUCUUGAUCAUUUGAUUUGGGUGAACAGGUUGUCAUGUAACAAAAUUCAGUGUUUAUUAACAGUAAAAACGUAAAUAGAGAAAAGAUGAAAAAGGAGCUCAUUCUAUA